GACGUAGUCCUACGUCAAAACAGGAGAAACUGACUGCAGCCCAGGUCCUACCAAUAACUCGAACUAGCACAGGAAAGCUUCCACCAACCCGUAACAUCACAUCGUCAUCUGGCGAUUUGUCGAACUCAUCAACACCGACCAGCAAUGGUAAUAGUGCCCCAGGUUCCAGUUUGGCGAACAAAUCGGCCAUAAUCUCUAGUAAGGCCUCGAGGGAGGAAAUAAACUAACAAAUGGUACAACAACUUCGGCUAGAGAGGGCAGCACACAAUCAAAAGCGUGCGAUGGAACUCAAACAGCAACAAGAUGGUGCAAACCCACCGAAACAGUCCAUUGUUCAGCGUUGUAUUAUUGUGAAAGAACCGGACGGUACAACGAAGAUUAUUCAACAGAACAUAACUCAAUCUUCACGGUCUGCUUCUGCAUCAACUUCCCAGCCGAACCAAAGGCAGCAAUCUCCCGCGCCCGCCAAACCAGAUGGUCCACAAAAAGUGCAAAUCAUUCGUGAUGGGAAGGAUGGGAAGGUUAGCGUUCGUGGUCUGAACCCUGGGCAACAACUGAUUCAAACGCCUGACAGAAAGCUACAUGUUCUAAGUGCAGCCUCUGGAUCAAACUCAACAGCGGGCAAGCAAGCAAUUGCCGCUAACAUAUAUCACGAAAGUGGCCACCAGUGGUGGUAGUACAAGUGGUGCAACGGCUUUUUUGUCGGCCCCCCGUGACUACCACAUCUACGGUUCAGUCACCGCCGUCACAAACGUCGGUACAGCAGACAGUUGCAUCAACGGCGACAGCGACGGCUAUUCGUAGGGAUAUAUUUUUCCUGUAUAUCGAGCUUCUUUUCACAUCCAGUUUUAUUCCAACUACUAGCUGACGCGACGAACUUCGUCUCGCCCAAAAUAGAUUUUUUUAUUUGAAUACUUUCAAACAUCCACGUUUUCUUACUAAGUGAACGUUAGUGAGUCCAAUCACUGAACUCUUCAUUGAUUGAUUACCCUUUGACCCUUUACAAUUUCCUUUUACUAUAAAUUGUCUAGUACUUCUACAAAAAUAUAUAUAAAGUUAUUUUCAGACACAAUUCUCGCUCAAGAUUCUUCAAGCAUUUGGAAAUAACAUGUUUCUCCGUUGCAUGAAAUACAUGUUUGAUACAGAGAAUAUUACAGAAUAAAGACUGCUCAAAUCAGACCAUUCC